AUGAUGGAACCAGGUAUAUCAGAUCAUGGCCUGUUGUGUAUUAAAGGUGACGAGGAACUAAAAAGACAACGUUAUGGGUUCAAAUUUAUCAACAAGGUAAUUGAUAUGGAAGGGUAUAAUAUAGAAGUUACUAAUAGCUGGAACAAGGCAAUCGUCGGCAAUCCUGACAAUGUUAUGUGGAGGAAACUGAUGAGGCUACAACAUUUGAUUAGUAAGAUGAGUAAACCUUUGAUUGGAAUCCAAUGCCAAAUUAAGGAGGCUAGAUGUAAUUUGCAGGAGGCUCAAGAAAGGUUACAAACUAAAAGAAUGAAUAAUCAAGUCAUUAUGCAGGAAAAACUAUGGAAUGAAAACCUCAUAGAGCUCAUUGAAAUUGAUGAGCAGGUUAUGAGUCAAAGGGCUAAAGUUGACUGGAUCAGAUUAGGGGAUGGCAAUAAUGCCUACUUCCAUGCAACUUUAAGAAGUAAGCAAAAAAUUAUGAGGAUUAUACAACUUUAUAAAGAGGAUAAUGGUGUGGCUACGAAUCAUGAUGAUAUUGCUAUGGAAAUUCUGAAAUUUUUAUGGAAAUCUUAUAAGGACUAA